AUGAAAGAUCGUAGGAAACGAGAUGUUGUUACUUGGAAUAGGUUCUUUUGGUGCACUCUUUUUCUCGUCUUCUUUUGUAUUCUCUUCUCCGGAUUCACUUUCUCCACUUUUCGCAUCUUCUUCUUUGGAGAAAAGUUCCACCCAGAAAUUGUCUCAACAUGGCGGACGCCGGCGAUGGAGGCACUUUCCGGCGACUCUGCUGUGGUUCCGGCACUAUCAAUUCGUGAAACAGUUAUACUCCCAGACCAGGUUCUAGUUUUCCUAAAAUACCCUUCAUCAUCUCAGUUACUUACAGAAGAGGACCUCCUGUGUGUUUAUUUGUCGGUUAAUAAAUCAUCAUCCCAGCCGCAGCUUAAGCUGCCCCCUAAUCACAUGGACGAUAAGGAUUUCGAUCACCACAUCGUACGGUGCCCACUCAAUCCACGUGACCACACUGUUUCGCUGGCUUUGAAAUCCGGUGGCUACAUCCAUCCGGGACCCACUCACAGGUGGGACUCGCUUGUUUAUGAAGCUUUGAUCGACCGUGAUAAUACUACAGUUGUUUUUGUCAAGGGGCUUAAUCUACGGCCAGAGAAGCUCUCUAAUGCUUCCAGGUACGAGUGUGUGUACGGCUGGGAUUUUAGAAGACCUAAGUUUAUAUUACGAUCCCAAGUCAUAUCCAUGGCUCAGGAGAUCGUACGGUGCAAAACCCCUCUGAGCAUCUUGCGUAACCCACGAGUGGCCAACGGUUCUAUCAAGGCAUCCAUUAGAAUUAAAGGCAGAGGAACAUUACACUCUAUAGCCCGCCCGGUGUUCCGGUCGAAGAAGCCCGAACCCGGUCCAGCAGAAGAAGAAAAAGCACAUGAAAUCUGCAUAUGCACCAUGCUUCGCAAUCAAGCUAGGUUCUUAAGAGAAUGGGUCAUUUACCAUGCCCAGAUCGGAGUACAACGUUGGUACAUUUAUGACAACAAUAGCGAUGAUGAGAUUGAAGAUGUUAUUGACUCACUAGCCAGCUCCAAUUUUAACAUCUCCAGGCAUGUUUGGCCAUGGAUCAAGACGCAGGAAGCAGGGUUCGCUCAUUGCGCGCUAAGGGCGCGAGAGUCAUGCGAGUGGGUUGGGUUCAUAGACGUAGAUGAAUUUUUCCAUUCACCAUCUGGGUUAACUUUGCAUGAUGUGAUUAGCAAUCAAUCGGGGUCUGGAAGUAAUGUUGGUGAGAUACGAACUUCAUGCUAUAGUUUUGGACCAUCUGGGCUCAAACUGGUUCCGUCACAGGGAGUAACGGUAGGGUAUACAUGCCGAUUGGGAGUUCCGGAGAGACACAAGAGUAUAGUGAAGCCUGAGGCAUUGAAUUCCACGUUGAUCAACGUGGUUCACCAUUUUCAUUUGAGCAAGGGUUUCAGGUAUGUGAAUGCCGAUAGAGGGGUUUUGGUUAUUAAUCACUACAAGUAUCAAGUGUGGGAGGUGUUCAAGGAGAAGUUCUACAGGAGGGUGGCUACUUAUGUGACUGAUUGGCAGAACGAACAGAAUGUUGGGUCCAAGGAUCGAGCCCCGGGGUUGGGGACUAGAGCCGUUGAGCCACCAGAUUGGUCAAGUAAGUUUUGUGAGGUGACAGACACUGGGCUCAGGGACCUGGUGUUGCAAAAGUUUACAGACCCAUUAACCAACCAUUUGCCAUGGCAGGAAGAGGAGGAUGUGGAAAUUAAUGAAUACGGUUUUGGUUCGGCAAAAUAG